AUGGAUUUCAAAGACUGGAUUGCAUCGAGGGGUCCGCUGGAUGAGACAAAAUUGUUUAAGAAAAACAGUGACCUUUUGAAGAUGUGUUUAAACGAAACUUUCUUGUGGCAAGAUCGUCCACAGCGUUUUACAUUGCUCGGUCAUAGCGGCAUCACGCUGAGGAUGACGUCUAUUCUCGGAAAUGAUCCGAAAAAUUUGGAAGAACAAAUUUUAUCUGAAAAUUGUAAUGUGAAGAAGAAAAUACCGCGUAUAAAUCGUGUGGAAUCAGCCAGCUUUACACUGCUCAAAGUUUUGAAACCAGAGCUUACAGCAAACGAUUUCGUGAAUCCGGUGGAAGAAAUGGACGAAUAUUGCGAACGUCAAAAGCAAUUAGCUGAAAUUAUUGCAAAAUUGAACCAUUUGAUAAGAUUAUGA